AUGUUGCUCCGACAGGCUCUCAGAAACAACUAUGCGCUACGAGCGCAGCUGCCGCGCUCCUUUGAGGCGACUUCGCUCCGAACAUGCCCUCCCGCAGCCACCAACCAACAAGCAUGGCCUCGUUUCUCAUCAACGGAAGCUCCGUCGAGCGAAGAUCCGGAAGCAUUGCUGUUGGCCAAGGUCAAGUCAGGGAUCAAAGAGGCGAUGAAGGCGAAAGACUCGCUCACUUCGACAGUGUUACGUUCGAUCGUAUCCGAACACCAAUACUCGGCCAAGCAAAAGGGAAACCAGGUAUCCAAGGUUUCGAAACUCAUCACAAAGGCGAUCAAGCGAAGACAGGAGACAGCAAAACAGUUUCGUGCCGCCAAGCCUCCUCGUGAGGAUCUUGCCGAACAGGAAGAGAAGGAGGCUUCUGUUUUAGAGAAGUUGCUUCCCGAGAGCAAGUGA